ACCCUGAUGUUAAAUACAGGCGAAGAUGUUCCGAUUUCAGAACGAUUUAGAGCACAGUUGAAAAGUUAAUACGCGGACUAUAAUGGACUAAUUAGACAAAUUAAAGCAGUAAUUUUCAAUGCGUGAGAUAAAACGUGUGUCUCCCGGCCAAUGCUUGAGAGUUGGCAGCUCGGGGGAAGGCUAGGGCUACAGUAACAUAACCUAUACGGAGGCUAUGAUAUCUCAAGUAGUGGCACUCAUAAAAAUAGCUUUACACUGAAUUCUGAUGACAGGACAACCUGAGCAUAAAAGACAGAUGCUGGCACUAAGACCGCUGAGACUUCAAUAUUCCAAGGUACGAAGGCAGACAAAGUUUACAGAUAUGAAGCUGUAAGGGAACCCACAACAUGGCAAGCACACAGCAGUCUGCUUUUGAGUAUGUCCAAAAUGGCAGAGCUCUUCUUGAGGGUCACCUCCAGAAACCCUCCUUGGUCGUUGAUGAGUUGCGAAAGAAUAACAUCUUCAGCGAAAAACAAGUUAGAGAAAUUAAAUCCCAUAAAAAGAGGUCUGUCAAAACCAGAAAGAUGCUGGACAUGAUUAUCAAGAAAGGGGAAUAUGCCAGUUAUGAACUGUUAAAAAUAUUGUACAACACAAGGAACCAAACCUUACCAAAAACAAACCCUACCCAGAAUCAACCUCGCCACCCAGAUUUACAUCAAUGGAUCAGCUGCUUUUCGUUUACAGAUGACCCAGAUUUACAGAGUGGCCUCGUCUCUGAAUCAGGGCCUUGUGAGAGGUACAAAAGGCAGCUGCGAACAAAAGCUGUUGAGUUUCUUCACGCAAAAUGGGACCAGCACAUGCAUUUCCUCAAAGACAAGGCAAAAUGCAAACCCUUUACUUACAUUCCUGUCGUUUUGGACACCGACUCGAGUGAGCUGUCCAAAACUAAAAGCAAGUACAAAAAAGCACGCUCUAAGAAACUUAAGACUUACAUUCCAAGAGACAAGGGAAAACUGUCCCCUGGUCACUUACUGGAAAGCAGUGAGAAAAAGAUUCUACUUGUUGGUAAACCUGGCAUUGGAAAGACAACUGUUGUCCAGCAAGUUUUAAAUAUCUGGGCAGAGAAUGAGAAUCCUCAAGAGAGUUACAUGUUCUACUUUGAUGAGCCUUCGAUGAGAUCAAUGUCUCACUCUUCACAGCCCUCAUCCUUGAGGUCUCUGCUGUUUGAAAGAUACCUUAAGCCAGAGGAAGGCACAGAGGAUGUGGUGCUGUGUGAUAUUCAAAAUAAUUCAGAAAAUGUUAUCUUUGUGUUUGAUGGGAUCAUGGAUGUGAUUGGCAACCCCGUGCUAAAUAACAUUUUGGCAAAAGAACUUCUGUGUGAUGCCAAGAUUCUGACCACGUGCAGACCAGAGGCAGAAGACUGCGAUUUUUUAUCUGACUGGCCGUCUUACAGAGUGGAGGUCCAAGGAUUCAACAAUGAGUCCAUCCAUGCUUACUUAAAGUGGAUGUUAGGCACUGAGGAUGACUAUGUUUGUAGUGUUGCGAGCAACGAUGCACUAUUCAGUCUAUGCCAUGUCCCAAUGUACGCUUUCAUAGUGACUGCUUGUAUUUCAUUUAGUCCCUGUGAGGCUAAAAACCACCCAUGCACCAUAACAGAAAUGUAUGUGCGGAUCUUUCGUCAUUGCAUGAAAAGACAUGGUGACCAAAAUGUUGAGUAUCUGGAUAAGUACAUUCAUGACAAUAUGGGGAACAUCAAGGUUCUAGCUAUAAACUCUUUCCAAGCAUUACUUGCGAAAACCGUAAACUUGACAGAAAUGGAUUGCAAGGACAACAGUGUUCAACAUGCGUUCUUGACGUCCAGUUCAGCAAAGGAAUCGUCAACUGGCCAUUCGUUUGCUUUUCUCCACAACACGAUGCAGGAGUUUUGGGCUGCUCUUUUUCUGUUGAUGACACCUGGAAACAUCACCUCCGUCCUUCAACAGUGUCAGACAGAAGAAGGAAAGUACUUGAAGUACAUUGUGUCCUUCCUCUGUGGACUCUUGUCCAGUGACAUUGCUGAAUUGAUUAACUGUGUAGUGCCAGAGGACCAGAUAAGGGAAAUAUCUUACAUAUACCUUGAGAAAGUCAUAGACACCUUCCUCGGGCCUGCAAUACUACAGCGACAUGAUGAGUCCCAUACCUUCCUCGGGCCUGCAAUACUACAGGGACAUGAUGAGUCCCAUACCUUCCUCGGGCCUGCAAUACUACAGGGACAUGAUGAGUCCCAUACCGACUUGGAUGCUGAUCUCCUCUUCGUUUGCCAGUGCUUGUAUGAGCACCAGUCACCCGAAGCCUGUUCACUCCUUCUACAAAAAGUGGAGUAUGAGCUUGAUCUCAGUGGACAAUAUCUCGAUCCUCAACAGUGCUGUGCUGUGUCAUAUGUGAUCAACCAGUCCACAAACAAGAAUGUCUGUCUGUACCUGAUUGACUGCACUUUCUCUGAUCCAGGAUUGAGGCUGAUUCUGGGCUCUUUGAAAAAUCUUCAAUGUCUCAGAUUGGAUCCCACUACACGAUGUCAGGUGUGGAAAGCUGCUCUUCACUCAGGGAACCCGAGUGACUCUGAAGGCUUGCUAAGACUGUGUGAAUAUGAAAUUCACUUAAGGGUCAUGGAGAAACAGGACCAAAAGGUAUGGGAGAGAGUGGGAGAGGUCCUGAAGCACAAGAGACCAGAGAAGGUCAAACUCUGUCUACAUUUGGUUGACAACUCACUGCAUGCAGCUAAUUCCUUGGGAAAGAGCAUAUUUGACCAUUUGCCAAACGUUGAGGCUAUCAGGUUUGUUGAACCUGUUGAUCUGAGACGAUCAUUAGUGGCAUGGACAAUGGAGGUGAGGUCAUUCCAGCAGGAUAUCUUGCUGCACGGGGCUCUGUACCAGAUGGAGACAGGACUGAAACGGGUAGAGGACCUGCAAGCAGUGCUUUGUCUGGCUAGCACAUAUUCUUUAGAGGAACAGAGCAAAUUCAUUUUGAGUUUGUACCAACAUAUAGGAAAAUAUGAGAAUGAUGAAGGUGUAGCAGUUCUACCAACAUUGCAGCCAGUUUUCAAGUCAUUUCCUGCAGUCUGGUACAUACACUUUGCUGAUACGAAGGCCUCUGUCCUCCUUGAUGUGAUGAAACUCCAAAACGUGAAGAAACCAGUGGAGCUGUGGUGGUCAAAUGAUGAAUGUGACAUGAGCCUCAUUCAUUGUUUGCCUUAUAUUUCACAGCUAAGGUUCAAUGACUGCAUUCUGAUCCAGUAUGAUGACACUAAAGGAACCAUUGAAGGCCUUUUGAAACUAUUCUGUUUUGCAAAGCAGCGUCAGCUUGAGACAGGAGAGGAGACACUGAGGAUGCUGUCGACGGUAUGCAGCUACUCAAACUUCCCUUUUGCGAGUGAUAACAAAGACGAACAGAGUGAUUUUCUGCUAGAUUUAUACUCCUCUGCAAAGUCGUUUGAACUUGAAUUGGAGGGCCAAAUUCUCCCAUCAUUGUUGACAGUCUUUCAGUCAGCUCAGCCUGCAGCCUGGGUCCUUGACCUCGGUACAGACAAGGCCCCCAUCCUACUUGAGGUGCUGAAACUCCAAACAGAGAAGAAACCAGUUAGACUGAAGGGCUGGCUAGAAACUGAUAAAAGCAAAAUAGAGAGUUUUCUUCGGUGCGUACCAUAUAUUUCACAACUGAGGAUUAUUCCUCAAGAUGAGAGUGAUACAGAGGUGAAGAUGCCUACACUGACUUCUGAGCAACUAAAGAGAUUCUUCCUUUUGCACCUGCUUGAUCAUGGAGAUCUGGACAACACUGAGACAGGACAGAGCUCUGUUGAGGAACUGUUGUCAGUUCUUGGGUUUGCUCAUUCAGACGACUCUCCAGAAAGGUGCUUGUUUCUGUUAGAUCUGUUCUCACAUGGGAAAGACUAUGAGACUCAAACAGGCAGAAAAGUUUGUCACGCAUUACUUCCUGUUUAUCGGUCAGCCCCUGCAGUCUGGUCCAUAGACCUCUCGGAGAGAAAGGGCUCUCUAAGCUGUGAUGACCAGUUCCAGCUGUCUCUGUGGGGUGCACUCCCUGUCGGCUCAGAAUGGGAUGCACAGCUAGCCUCCUCACUCCUCCAGGCCCUAGACUACACCAUCACAUUGUCAGGGUGGUUGCCCACUGUAACCUGCAAGGCAGUAGGUGCAGUCCUAGGCCAAUCUGCCCCUGGAGAAAAACUCAACGUCAGUCUCAUCCCAGAUAGUAUCUCAUUCCAAGGAGCUGCAUUACUCUUCAAACAAGUGAAAGAGUUUCACAAACUUAAGGUAAACGAAAUGUCAACAGCAAAGCUGGCCAGAUUGGCAAGGUCAAUGACAUGCCGAAGACCAAUGGUCGUUGAGGAGCUGACUCUUGUCUUGUCUAGGCCAAUUCCAAAAGAAGGGGUGCAGUGUAGAGUGCUCAGUGGUUUAGCUUUACUCCUUAGAGUUUGGACUGUAAGGAUCUUAAAUCUGAUAGACUGUCCAAUCCAGGGUUUCCUUCUCACUACCUUGUUGUGUCAUCAGGGUCCACUCACUAUCAGACUGAGUAAGGAGACUCGGCAGCAGCUGGCUGUUGUGGUGUAUGAGGCUCAGGAUGAGGAACUGACCAAAUGCUUUCUGGAAAAGUCGGGUAGUGAUCUGUCUAACUGUACACUGGACUGGGAUGUGCUUCACUACCUGCUGAAGACCACCACACAACCCAUCACCAUCAACCCCAGGAGGAGCAGAAUCAGAGACCAAUACAUACCUUAUCUCCUCCCUUUGCUGAAGAAUGUUCACUUUCAAAGGACAAGCUCCCACUUUGAGAGGACAGCUCUGAGAGAAAUACAUGAGCAACGUGCUGGUCACUUGGUGAACAGUUUAGUGAAGUCAUCAGAUGACUGGAUCGACCUGAACAACCUGGUUUUGAACCAUGAUGACUGUGAAGCGCUUCGUUUUGCCCUGCACUACAGUGACGGUGUCAAACUCAACUUGUUGUUGACCAUCCUUCCAAAGGAGGAAAUGGAGAGCAUUCUGACUCUUCUACACAGAGUCUCUGAGCUCAGGGUCGAAAGGAAACUAUUGCUGGAGCUGCUCCAUACCUGUGCAGGAUUGAGAAGGAGAAGAGGAGUGGCACCUGCACUCCUGACACUGCUGCAUCACAAACUGGACCUCUCCUGCUCCUCUGCCAUGGACCUGUUUGGGCAGGAGAAGACUGUUUUGAGCCUCAGUUUUGGAGACUGUAGGGUAAUCUCCGCGGCCAUCCAGGAAGCUGAUGGUGACACAGAGCUGAUCCUACACGACUGCCAUGUUGAGGAUGAAGGAAUAGAGGAGCUGUUUCAUGUUUUGCACAGGAUUCAUAUGAGCUUUGGAAAACCUCUUCUGCUGCAACUCCUGCACUUGAUAUUUGUGGAAGAUUGCGACAGGUCAGUGAGGCUUGCUUCAUUACUCUCCAGAGCCCUAGAAAAGAAGGUGGACCUCAGUCAUAGCCCUUUAAACUCGAGGGCCUGUUCAACACUUGCCUUGGUUCUAGAACACUCGGAAGGGCUUUCCGAGCUGGACCUCAGUGACUGCCACCUCACUGACACACAACUGGACGUGCUGCUCCCACAUCUGCACAAAGUUCAAGUCCUGAAUCUUUGCAAUAAUGAAAUCACCGACAAAGGUGCUGUGAAACUUAACCUAUACAUGAUCGGCAAUAGCUUCACAGAAACUGUAUGGCUCUCCAGCAACAUGAUUACUGAGUUUGACAUCUUAUUGGCGGACAACCGCUACAAACUGUGGCCAGGUCAUGUGGAGCCUGGGUGGCACGAUCAGCGCGUUACUUCCCUGGGAUCUACCGCUGUGACAAAUGAGACCUCUAAAAAAAAACCCCUCAUUGAAGAAUUUGAUCCUGACAAAACACUAACAGACAAGAUUACCUACAGGUUCCAGUGUGGGUCUCGUGGCAGGUUUCAGUGCAGAGCUACAGGGCUGGUUUUUGGGAUGAGGGGGGCAGGAAUUGUGGAGUACAGUGUGGUCCACUGGGACAGGGAUAUCCUUGCAAACACCAGCUAUGAGCCUGCAGGCCCCCUGUUUCAACUCAGGAGUCCAGAGGGACAUAUGUACCAACUACAUCUACCUCACUGCGAGGUUAAGGUGUCUGCAGCUGAGAACCUUCUUGUGGCCCACAUAUGCAGAAAGAACAGGGAGUUCUUAAUACCCAAGGUGACACACUCACACGUGAUUGUAAGCAUUAGUGGGCUUUCAAAUUAUGGAAAAGCUCGUAAAAAACAAUCCAACAGCAACCGUAUCCAAGGACAGGUGCUACUGUUCCUUGAGCCUGAAGCAACUCCAGAAGAGCAACGGCUCUGGGUGUUCCUGCUGCCCCGAGACAUGCCGCCAGACCAGGUGGAAAAUCAGCACAAAGAGUUCACAUUCAUUAAGACCAGCUCAUCCUGUAUGCUGACACCCACAGCCAAAUAUAGUGUGACUUCUGACCUCAAACAAGGCUUUCUUGUUCAACCCAAAAAAUACACUUUGCACAUUGCACAUUGCACAUACCAACACGCCACCUUUGAGGUCUUCUUGAACCGUAGUAUCACAGAACUCAAAAUGAAAAUUCUGGAGACAAAGCUAAAGACGAGGAAACGCUGGUGUCGCCGAGUGAUUCUCAACACACCACGGGGUCUCACCAUAUCUCCUCCCCUACUUUCAUCAGAUAAUGCUGCUAAGAUAAAAAGAUUCAAUGAGCAGCAGUGGAUAAAGAACCUGUGUGACAUACUGAGAGAACUGUCAAAGGACGAAAUUAAGAAGCUUAAGUCAAUGAUGAGGAAUAAGGAACAAAAGCCAAUCCCCAAGAGUGCUCUGGAGGGACGAAAAAGCCCUGAGGAGCUUGCAGAGCUGAUGGUGGAGACCUGGGGAAUGCAUGACUCCAUCAAGGCCACCAAAGAGUUCAUGGAGAGACUGCCACGCAAUGACGAUCGAGUGACCUCCUUGCUGCAGCCAUUCUUGUAGCAUUUUGGCAAAGGGUGGGAGAUGAUGGAAGUGUGGUGGCUACCUGCAAAAAACUAUGGGAGUAUGCUUUUACAAGGUCCAAAACUCAGGGAAAAUCAAAUCCAUUGAAAUUGAUAUAAUGAACAGAGCAUUUAGAGAACAAAUAUAUUGUAUUGCAGUUAUCUUUAAUUUUGUAAACUUUUUGGGGAAAAAAUCAAGUUCAGUUGAACAAUAUAUUUUGAGUUUUUAUGUAUAUUUCUAUAUUUUAAAACUUUUUUUUAAUCACUGAAAUAUGUACAGUAUGACCAACGACAACUUUGUAGUUCAAUGUAUAUUUAUAUUUGUAAACUUUUUUUUCAACCAUCAGAAUAAUAUGUAAAGUAUGACCAAUUACUUUUUAUACCUGUUUGAAUCUUGGUGUUGUCUCAUCCACACAUUCGGAUAAAACCAUGAAUCUAAUCCAUGGCCAAUUAUUGUUCUACCCUUUCACUGUCAUAACGGUGCAAAUCUUUGCCGCAAAUCCUAAAACUAGUAUGUAUGAUUAUUGCUAUCCUCAUUUCAUCAGGAAAGACAAAAAUGCCAAAACCCUCAUCAUUAGUGUACUUGCUGUUAUUCCCUCUUAAUAGUCACAGUUUGCAUCACAUAGUAACCAAUUCUUGAUAUUAACCAAUCGCCUACACUGUUGUGCUUGUUUUUAAUUUUUUUUAUUAAAUGUGCUUUUCUAUGCAAUAAAGAUUAGGGUACAAACUGAGCAAUGACCUACAAUAUUGGUAGGCCUAAACCUAAUAUUUUGUUGAUUAAAUACAUUAUUUAGAUUGUAAA